UCUGCAACAGACACUUCUUGUAUCACAUCAUGGCUGCCAAGAUUAUUCUCAUCGCUUGCACUUCUGCGCUCUUGGUUCAGAGCGCUAUAAGCGCCUGUCUUGGAGGCAUCGGCAGUGGUUGGGGCUAUGGCGGCCUUGGCUAUGGAGGUCUAGGUUACGCCGGAUUGGGCUAUGAUGGAUUUGGUUACGGCGGUCUCGGUUGCGGUGGAUUCGGCUACGGCGGUCUCGGCUACGGCGGAUUCGGAUACGGUGGUCUUGGCUACGAUGGAUUCGGAUGCGGCGGACUCGACGCUGCCUAUGGUGGUGGUCUUGGUGUCUCCAGUGCUUCUCCCAUAGCCCCCACCGGUCUCGCCGUAGCCUCUGAGAACGUGUACGAGGGUGCUGUCGCUGUCGGCGGCAACCUGCCUUUCCUGGGUACUGUGGCUGUGGACGGUCUGUUCGACACCGCCGGUGCUGGUGCUGUCUCGUACGGUUGUGGUGAUGGUGCUGUUGGCAUCGCCGCUGAGGGUCCCAUCGGAGCUGCUGUCGGUCCCGCCUACGGAUACGGAGGUCUGGGCGGAUUCGGUGUCGGAGGUUACGGACUCGGACUCGGCUAUGCUGGAUUCGGAGCUCGCGGCUGUGGUUGCGGUUGCGGCGCAUUUUACUAAAGUCGUUUUCUGACUAAUGUUUCAAAAAUCAAAUUAGACCUGGCAUUAUUAUGAAAUAAACCAAGAGCA